UAGAUCCCUGAGCUUUUCCAGGUGCCAGCUUCUUCCCCAGGACAGGUUCAGCCAUGACAAAGCUCAAUGCCCAAGUGAAAAGUUCUCUAAACAUCACCACUCCUGGAAUACAGAUAUGGAGGAUAGAGGCCAUGAAGAUGGUGCCUGUCCCCAGCAACUCCUUUGGAAGUUUCUUUGAUGGAGACUGCUACAUUGUCUUGGCUAUCCAUAAGACAGGGAACACUCUUUCUUAUGACAUUCAUUACUGGCUGGGCCAGGCUUCAUCCCAAGAUGAGCAGGGGGCAGCUGCCAUUUACACCACCCAGAUGGAUGACUUCCUUAAGGGCCGGGCCGUCCAGCAUAGAGAGGUCCAGGGCCAUGAGAGUGAUAUCUUCAGGGCCUACUUCAAGCAAGGACUUGUGAUACGGAAAGGAGGGGUGGCCUCCGGCAUGAAGCAUGUGGAAACCAACUCAUAUGAUAUUCAACGUCUGCUACAUGUCAAAGGCAAGAGGAACGUGAUGGCUGGAGAGGUGGAGAUGUCAUGGAAGAGUUUCAACCGAGGGGAUGUUUUUCUUCUGGAUCUGGGCAAGCUCAUCAUACAGUGGAAUGGCCCGGAGAGCAACCGAAUGGAAAGGAUCAAGGGGAUGAACCUAGCAAAGGAGAUCCGGGACCAGGAACGGGGUGGCCGGACAUAUGUUGGAGUGGUGGAGGGUGAUCGUGAAGCUGAAUCACCUGAGCUAAUGGAAGUGAUGAAGCAUGUGCUUGGCCAGAGAAAGGAACUGAAGGCAGCCAUCCCUGAUAAUGUGGUAGAACCAGCUGUCAAGGCUUCCCUGAAACUCUACCAUGUGUCUGACGCAGAGGGCAAAUUGGUGGUAAAAGAAGUGGCCACUCGUCCUCUCACUCAGGACCUACUUCAACAUGAGGACUGCUACAUCCUAGACCAGGGAGGUCUGAAGAUCUAUGUGUGGAAGGGGAAGCAGGCAAAUUCUGAGGAGAGGAAAGAGGCCAUGAACCAUGCUCUGAACUUCAUCAAGGCCAAAAAGUACCCAGCCAGCACCCAAGUGGAAGUUCAGAAUGAUGGUGCAGAGUCAGCGGUUUUCCAACAGCUUUUCCAGAAGUGGACAAUUCCCAAUCGAACUUCCGGCCUCGGCAAAACCCACACUGUGGGCUCUGUGGCCAAAGUGGAACAGGUAAAGUUUGAUGCAGAAUCCUUGCACGUCCAGCCUCAAGUGGCUGCCAAGCAGAAGAUGGUGGAUGAUGGAAGUGGGGAGGUUCAGAUGUGGAGGAUUGAGAACCUGGAGCUAGUGCCAGUGGAACCCAAAUGGCUGGGACACUUCUAUGGUGGGGACUGCUACCUGCUGCUCUACACUUACCUAAUUAAUGAGAAGAAGAACUACCUAAUCUACAUAUGGCAGGGCAGCUCUGCUACUCAGGACGAGAUUGCAGCCUCAGCAUAUCAGGCAGUCAACUUGGACCAGAAGUACAAUGACGAGCCUGUCCAGAUUCGUGUGCCCAUGGGCAAGGAACCCCCUCAUCUCAUGGCCAUCUUCAAAGGACGCAUGGUGAUCUAUCAGGGGGGAACCUCCCGGUCAGGAAACACCGAGCCUGUGCCUUCUACCAGGCUGUUCCAGGUUCGAGGAACAAAUGACAAGAACACCAAAGCAAUAGAGGUGCCUGCCCAGGCCAGUUCCCUCAACUCUAAUGAUGUCUUCAUUCUCAAGACCCAAUCUUGCUGCUACCUGUGGUGUGGGAAGGGCUGCAGCGGUGAUGAGAGAGAGAUGGCGAAAUCUGUGUCAGACAUCAUCUCGAGAAUGGAGAAGCAGGUGGUGGUAGAGGGGCAAGAACCAGCCAGCUUUUGGCUUGCCCUGGGCGGAAAGGCACCCUAUGCUAACAGCAAGAGACUACAGGAGGAAACCCUUUCUAUUGUGCCUCGACUCUUUGAGUGCUCCAAUCAGACAGGCCGCUUCCUGGCUACAGAAAUUCCUGAUUUUAAUCAAGAUGAUCUGGAAGAAGAUGAUGUGUUUCUGCUGGAUGUCUGGGAUCAGGUUUUCUUCUGGAUUGGGAUGUACGCCAAUGAAGCAGAGAAGAGAGAUGCAGCGAUCAUGGUGCAGGAGUAUUUGAAGACACACCCCAGUGGGCGUGAUCCUGAGACCCCCAUUGUGGUGGUGAAGCAGGGACAUGAGCCCCCCACCUUCACGGGGUGGUUCAUGGCAUGGGAUCCUUUCAAGUGGAAUAAUGUCAAAUCUUAUGAAGAUAUGAAGGCAGAACUGGGAAACAAUAGCAACCUGAACCAGCUUACAGCUGAGAUAACCAGUCCUAAGCCAGAUAUAUUUAAGGCUGACACAAACUUUUCUCCUGGACCUUUGGCGACUUUCCCACUGGAGAUGCUUCAGAACAAACCUGUAGAAGAAUUACCUGAGGGGGUGAAUCCUAGUAGAAAGGAGGAACACUUGUCUGGGGAAGACUUCAAUCGGGUUUUCGGGAUGUCUCCAGCUGCCUUUUCUGCCCUGCCACGGUGGAAACAACAGAAUCUGAAGAAGGAGAAAGGGCUGUUUUGAAAAGGGGGGUAGCUAAAAGUCCACAAGGCAGUGCUGUCAACUUUCGGUUUGUUUACUGCUAUUGCUAUGCCAAAAAAAUUACUUUUAAACCAAUGAAGAAUGGAGUAAUGCUCUCUCUCUUAAAUCUUAUGCCCUAAUUUCCCAGAGGAUAGGCGGGGCAGUGGUUAAAUUGGCCACUAAGAUGGCCACUCCAGACAUUUCUGAAUUUUGAGGAGUUCCCUUAGGAUCUCAAAAUUAUGAUUUACCUGAUUUGAAGAGUAGAUAGGUUGAACAGCUUUCUAAUUUUCACUUUGAUUUUGCUUUCUUCAGAAUCUGAGCCUAAUACAUUCUCAGUGUACUGUCUCCACUGUGUUCUGGGGCAAAUCCCAUUUUAACCAAGUUUCAAUGAGUGCUUCAGACUAAAAAGAAUUUAGUUUCAUUGAUCUGCAACCUAGUUUCCUGAAGGUAGAGUCUGAUGAGGCCCAUUUUGGGCUUUAUAGCAGAGAAAACAUUUUCCCAAAGCCCUGGGUUAUCACUUCCUCUCCAAGAGUAUUUCAAUCGAAUGAAACAAAGGACGAGGUUGCUCCUAUACUAAGAAAGGGUUUAAAUUGUGCCCAGUCAUAUAAGGUGAAUUUUUCAGCAGCCAAGCCCAGACAAACUUAAAAACUGAAGGUCUCUGAAAGCAGGAACUAUUUUUUCCUCUAUUUCCAGUGCUUGGCAGUUAGCCCUUAAUAAUUAUACUGAAGCUCAGUGGUGACCAAAGUGACAGUUACAUGCUCCUUUUCUUCUAAGAACACACAUUUCAGGUAACCUCUUCAGAAGACCAACCCCCUCCCCCCCCCCAAGUCUUCACAGAUGUACCAGUUUUUUAAAGUGUCUGACAGAACAUUGCCCUUUUCAGAAAUAAAAGUCAAACCAAUAAGAGGGGUUAAUAAAGAGGCUUUAAUUUCACAAAAAAAA